AUGACAAAACCACCGCAGAAGAGGCAGAAGAAACGGCCAUGGACCCCAGAAGAAGACAAUAAGCUCAAACACUUUAAGACAGAAUACCCUAAUCUACCUUGGGGAGAGAUCAUAGAGCUGGCGAAGCUAGAAAGGGAUGUAAAGAGCUGUUCGGAAAGGUGGAAUAACCAUCUGAAGUCUGAUUUCAACAAAGAGAAAUUCUCCCCACAGGAAGAUGAACGCAUCAUCUAUCUAAGGCGCCAUGAUGUGGGCUGGGCAUCUAUGGUAACAUUUUUUCCUGGGCGAUCUUAUAAUGAUGUGAAGAACCGAGGUUACCAGUUGAAGAAGAGGCAUGCGCCUAUAAGUGACUCUGUCCAGGAUGACCUUGAGGCUUUGAUGGCCGAGUUAGCUUCUUUGAUUCCCAACGUUGAUCCAAAUGCAAUUAGUUCGGAUGAUCAGACUAGUGAUCACUCUAUCCGGGGAGAUGACCUUGAGGCUUCUACGUCCGGUGCAGCUGAUUUGAUUCCCAACCAUGGUCCAAAUGCAACUCGUUCGAUUCCUGGACCUACCAGCUGA